AUGACCGUCGACGACAACCUCUCCCUCCCGCGCAUCCUGUGCCUCCACGGCGGCGGCGUCAACGCUCAAACCUUCCGACUCCAAUGCCGCACCAUCUCCGCCCAGCUCGCCCACACAUUCCGCCUCGUCUUCAUGGAUGCGCCGUACCCAUCCAACCCGCACAAGGACAUCGUGGCCUUCUUUGGCGACCUCGCCCCCUUUUACCGCUGGCAGCCGUGGAACAGCGAGCAGCCUGAGCUGCCACCCACAGCCGGUGCAGAGGACAUCAUGAACUCGUGUCUCGCCGCCAUGGACCAGGAUCCCGGAUCCGGUCCCUGGGCAGGCGUCUUGGGCUUCUCGCAGGGCGCCAAGGUGGCCAUCAGUCUGCUGUGGGCGCAGCAACGGGCAGAGACCGGCUUGGGCAGGGGCCAGGCGAGAACGCAGUUCAAGUUUGGCGUCAUCAUGGCCGGAAGCGCACCGAUUAUUCACUUGGAUCUGCGCCUGCCCAAGCCGAGACACAUUGCCGACGCUGCCAUACUUAGCACCGCCUUUGAAGACUAUCCCCGCGGUCCCCAGGGUCACCAUGUGUUGCGUAUUCCGACCUUGCAUGUCCACGGGUUGCAGGAUGAAGGCCUCGAUAGACAUAGGCGGUUGCUAGAGUUGUACUGCCAGCCAGAUACGACUAGGCUGGUUGAGUGGGAUGCCGGGCAUAGAUUACCUGUGAAGACGGUUGAUGCACAGGUCGUGGUCGAUGAGAUGCUGGCCCUGGCCAGCGAAACAGGCGCAAUCAAGCAUUCAUAG